GUAUCCCUAUGGAGUACGGAAUAGGCCCGAUAGACCCACCUUCGGCAAACGAUGAAACUCGCUUCUGGACUGGUUGAAAGCUCGGUUUCGGACGUCCGAUAUUCUUACUAUACUCGGGAUUUUAUGGAGCCGGGUAAAACGGCAUUACCACUGGGGAAAGCGCCAAAGUAAGCGCGAGCUUGAUACGAUGAAUGAUAGUACUCGGGGUAGUGUCUGGGCUGGGUCUGAAAUUUUUUUACGGCCUUUCGAGAAUGACAGGAGGCUCCACUUAUGCUCGGAGAUGCAAUAUAUACUACCAGUCCCCUACUUUUUUUUUCUGUCGAGCCCCGGUGACGUCUUGGUUACGACUCUUUUGACUAUUUUGUUACCACGGCUAGCAUCGUUCUUGAUAUGCUUUUUGAUAUCGCUAUACAAUAAAACGGCUAUCGGUUGAAUUGAGAAAGUUAUCCGGAGACCCUAUUUCCAUUCGGAAAAUUUACAGACAAUGACAGAGCACGGUCGUGCCUCUCGAUCAUCCAGCGACGAGGACAUUUCCUCGAUUGACGAUGAAAGACAACGUGCGAUAAACGGCGAUAGCAACAGCAAUGCCAAUGGAGGAAACCUGGAAAAGCAGACCACUGCGUCUAGCUUGUCCAUGUUCGAGAGUCGCGCGCAAUCGGUAGUUUCGAGGAUCCGGAGUCGAGAUCCUGGCCAGACAAUACCGUUUAAUCAUCCGUUAUCGCAUACGAAGACUUCGACGGAUGUGAUUGUUGAUUUUGAUGGGCCUGAUGAUCCGUAUCGGCCGUUGAAUUGGCCGUUUCGUAAGAAGGCGAUUACGACGGUGUUGUAUGGAUUGACUACUAUGGGCGCAACUUGGGCAAGUUCGAUUUUCUCUACUGGCACUGCACAGGUUGAUGCACAAUACGGUGUUGGCUCAGAAGUCGGUUUACUGGGAACCUCAUUGCUGCUGUUUGGUUUUGGUAUUGGUCCCCUUCUAUGGGCACCGCUAUCCGAAGUCUACGGCCGCAAACCAGCAGUUUUAAUGCCCUACUUCAUCGCCGCGAUCUUCUCAUUUGGCACAGCAACAGCCAAAGACAUCCAAACGAUCAUGAUCACUCGAUUCUUCACUGGCUUCUUCGGUUCCGCACCAGUCACCAACACCGGCGGCGUCCUGGGCGACAUCUGGACAGCCGAGCAACGCGGCGCCGCCAUCGUCGGCUACGCCAUGGCCGUCGUCGGAGGCCCAGUCAUCGGCCCCAUCGUCGGCGGCGCAGUCGUCCAAAGCUACCUAGGCUGGCGCUGGACCGAAUACCUAACCGGCAUCCUAAUGAUGUUCACCCUCACUCUGGACAUCCUCAUCCUCGACGAAACCUACCCCCCAGCCCUCCUAGUCUACAAAGCGCGCCGCCUCCGCUUCAACACGGGAAACUGGGCCCUGCACGCCCGCCAUGAAGAAUGGGACGUCACCUACAAAGAACUAACCAACAAAUACCUAAUCCGCCCUUUCCAACUUCUCGCCACCCCCAUCUGCUUCCUCGUCGCCCUCUACGCCUCCUUCGUCUACGGCAUCCUGUACCUAUGCCUGGCCGCUUUUCCCAUCGUUUUCCAAGAAGUCCGCGGGUGGAACCAAGUCGUCGGCGCGCUACCUUUCCUCGGCAUAUUGGUAGGCGUGCUCUUCGGCGCAGCCAUCAACCUCACAAACCAGAAAUUCUACAUCGCCCGCUUCAAAGCAAACAACAACUUCCCCGUUCCCGAAGCCCGUCUUCCGCCCAUGAUGCUCGGCUCCGUCUUCUUCGCAGCGGGCCUCUUCAUCUGGGCAUGGACAGGCAACUCCGCGUCAAUCCACUGGAUCGCGCCUGUCAUCGGGACUGUCCUCAUGGGUUUCGGAUUCUUCACUAUCUUCCAAGCCGCGCUGAACUACCUCAUCGAUACGUUUCAGAAGUUCGCAGCGAGUGCGGUUGCAGCGAAUACAUUCGUGCGGAGUAUGUUCGCCGGCUCGUUCCCGCUGUUCGCGCAGAUUAUGUUUCAUAAUAUGGGGGUUGGGUGGGCUGGUUCGGUGCUGGGGUUUAUUGCCGUGGCGCUGAUUCCGAUUCCGUUUUUGUUUUAUAUUUUUGGGAAGAGGAUUCGGGCAAGGGGGAAGUGGUCUAGGGCGUCGGUUUAUGGGCAUGACUAACUGCCCCCCUCCCUCGAGUAAUCGCUUGGUUGAAAAUACUUAAUUUGGAAAUAUGCCCUGGUACAUAUUAUGGGUUGAAAAGUUAUGCUUUCUGUUUACGACAUACCCCGACUGUUAAUGUUUUCUAUUGUCUUGUGAUACCAUUGAUAUGCAUAUGCGUGGUUAGGGCUCUGCACAUAUUAUGAUGGAUUUGCAUUACCAUGGCUGUAUUUAAAAACUAAUUCACAUAUUAAGAACUGUAUAA